GUCAGCAGCUGUCUUUACGCAAAUCUUACAAUUGACAUUAUCAACGACACAUUUAAUUAACGUUAUCGUCAGAAGCACGCGGUAAUGUGAGCGUGUCCAUCGCGACAUAAAUUAAUAGGUGAAGGACACUCGCAGCGGAACAGUUUACAACUAAUUUUAGAUGAUGAUUUUGAGGAUGAAUUCCAAAGACACGAACGAAUAUCACACGCGUGUGAAAUGCCGACAGAAAAAGUCUAGUCGAAAAUAUAUAGUGCGAGAUAUAUAGCGAUGCCUAUACUAUACAGUGCCGUGGCCUACAAGCGGAGAGUUCUGCACCGACACGCGUGUUGCGGUGGUAACUUCGAUGAGGUUUUAAGUGAUGUUAUCAAGAAGGUACCGGCCGACGACCACCGCGUCACCUACUGCCAUAAGAGACAUCUCCUCCAUGUGGUAAUGGAGAGUGAGCAUUUCUAUUUCUGCAUAACGGAUAAGCUGUGUCAAAGGUCGAGGGCGUUUCUGUUCCUAAAGGAAAUAAAGAGGAGGUUUUGUUCCGACAAAUGCGGUUUUAGAGACGCGCUCGCUGACCUUAUGACGUACUACAAUGACGACGGCAAUGCCAUCAGCAUUGAUAGCGGAGACAUUGACGAGAUAAACGCCAUACGAGUGGACAGUAGCGAGAGUGUGCUCGGUGAGACAAUACUGCUCGUGAGGAGCGAGCACUGUCUGGAAUAUCCCAGUGUAUCCCGCGUGGACAAAAAACCGGAAACAGCUGUGGCGUCAUCCGGAAACAAUAAAUACUACGUCAAAAUAAUAGCAACCAUCUUCAUUGUUAUUUCCCUGCUCGUCGUGAAGCCGCUCCUUGUUGUUGUCGUGUUUGCUAUUUUGUAUUCUAUAGUGAGAUAGUUGUAUGAUAAUUUGUAUGUGAUGAAACUAAUGUAGGGGAUUUUAUUUUUACUCUGUGGUCAUAAAUGGGAACUACA